AAAAACAAAACAAACGAGACUUAAGUGUGGUAAGAAAAAGAACUGUCAAAACACAACUUUUUGUUCUGACUUCUGUUCUUUCUCUUCCGCAGUGACUAACAAAACAAAACUUAGACGAAUAACCCAACCCUAAAGGCAAAAUCAAUCAUGUAUCAGGAAUAUCUCAAUCAUCUACACGUAUCUAUCGCUCCAUUAUCAUCUGACGAAUUAAAAGACUUACUAAACGAUGAUGACAAAUUGGACGAGAAAGUCGACGAAGUCCUCGAAACUCUUCGUGCCCAAAAAGAGAGUCUGCUUACAGAUAAUCGCAGCAGAGCUGAAAGCAACAUCGAAAAGGAACCAAUUCUAAUUGAACUUCGUGGAAAAGUCAACGAACUCUUAGAAGAAGGUAAAACGCGAUGUGCAUCGGUUCAGGAGAAAUUAUCACAAAUCAAAACCAAGUCUGGCAAUGUAAGUCAAGAAACUGCCUUAGCUUUAUUGCAAACUGCUGCCGCAGAAAGUGAAGAAGAAUCUGAAAAACUUGUCAAAGAUUUUAUAGAAAACGAUCUGGGUCUGGAAGGUUUCCUCGAAACGUUCCUUACGACGCGCAAGAAGAUGCAUUUAAGAAAAUUCAAAGCAGAGAAGAUGUCAGAGUUGAUGCGGCCACAAAAUCAAAGAAGUUCAAUGUAUAACAACUUGCCAUCGACUGGAUUUUAUCCUCAAGCACUCCCACAGUCACAAGUGCCAUAUCCCUUGGGACCGAUGAUGCCAAUGCCUAGGCCUUACUAGAAAACCUGCAAUGCUAAUGGCAAUGUUUCAAAGUGACAUGCAUUGUAAUUUAUUUAUAAUCUAUGUAUAUUAGCGGAAGAAAAAUCUGGUCGCCGAUUCUUUUUUUAUGUUAUCCCGAUCAAAUCGUAAUUCUUGUAAUAAAAUUUAUUUACCUCCUAAA